ACCGGGUGAGCUUAUUCCCCCAGCAUGGAGAGCCAGAGGGUCCAGUCCUCGUACAGGAAACGUUUUGGGCCUCAGGGCGGCUCGGGCGCCAGAAUCGGUAGCCUGUCUUCCAACCGCCUCUCCUGGCAUGGCACCCCGCGGUCCAUCACCCUCUCCAGCCCCAUUUCCAGGCUCUCCCUGGGCUCUGCCAGCACGGCCCUGCUGCUGGGGAGCCCCGGCGACCGGCUGGACUUCUCCGCCGACUCCCUGAUGAAGGCCCACUACAAAGAAGUACGCACCAAUGAGAAGAUGGAGAUGAUGGGCCUGAACGACCGCUUUGCCAGCUAUAUAGAGAAGGUGCGCUUGCUGGAGCAGCAGAACAAGAUGUUGGUGGCGGAGCUGAACCAGCUGAAGGUGAAGGAGCCCAGCCGCCUGGGAGACAUCUACCAGGAUGAGCUCAGGGAGCUUCGGCGGCAGGUGGAUGGGCUCACCAACGGGAAGGCCCGAUUGGAGGUCGAGAGGGACAACCUGGCUGCCGAUCUGGCCAUGUUGAAGCAAAGACUUCAAGAUGAGAUGACGCUGCGUCAGGAAGCAGAAAACAGUUUGAACACUUUCAGACAGGAUGUGGACGAAGCGGCUCUCAGUCGAGUCCAGCUGGAGAGGAAGAUUGAAGCUCUGCAGGACGAGAUCAACUUCCUGAAGAAAAUCCACGAGGAGGAGCUGCGUGAGCUGCAGGACCAGCUUGUGGCCCAGCAGGUCCAUGUCGAUCUGGACGUGUCCAAACCGGAUUUGACUGCGGCUCUGAGGGACAUCAGAGUUCAGUAUGAGAACAUGGCCACGUCCAACAUGCAUGAAACCGAGGAGUGGUACCGAUCCAAGUUUGCUGACCUGACAGACGCAGCCAAUCGAAAUGCGGAGGCCCUGCGCCAAGCCAAGCAGGACGCCAAUGAAUAUCGGCGUCAGGUUCAGGCUCUGACCUGCGACUUGGACGCUCUCAGAGGCACCAACGAGUCCCUGGAGCGCCAGCUGCGGGAGCUGGAGGACCGCUGCGCCAUGGAGGCUGCCGGGUACCAGGACACGGUGAGCCGCCUGGAGGAGGAGAUCCAGGCCCUGAAGGAGGAGAUGGCCCGGCAUCUGCAGGAGUACCAGGACCUCCUCAAUGUCAAACUGGCUCUGGACAUCGAGAUCGCCACCUACAGGAAACUGCUGGAAGGAGAGGAGAGCAGGAUCACCAUUCCAGUUCAGAGCUUUUCCAACCUGCAGUUUAGAGAAACUAAUUUGGACACUAAAACUCCAGAGGCUCAUGUGAAGCGAAGCAUCCUGGUCCGAACUGUGGAGACCAGAGACGGGGAGAUCAUUAAGGAGUCAACCACUGAACACAAAGACCUUCCUUGAAUUGCAAAGAAUUUCUCCAUUAUGUCCUUGAACACAUUAAGAUCUUUCUGAAUGAAAUAUUCCUUUAUUUUCAGUUUAAACCUCAAAGCUG